GGCAGAGAGAAAGAGUGGCUGCAAACUUGGUACUGAACAACAGCAAGAAGAAAAAACAAUAAGACAAUUGUCACUUCUUUGACAUAUAUAUAUAAAUAUAUACUCAUCUCUGCAGAACCUUGCUUGUAAAUUGAGUGAGGAGGGAAAAGAAAAUAACUCUUUUUGAAAAGAAAGUUAACACCAUGGAAAGUUUGCAGCGGAGAGGGGAGAAUGAGUUUUCCUGCUUCUGUGUAUCUGUGGCCAGGCUGCUGCUGCUCUUGGCUCUGACAGUGACAGGUAGCACAUCGGGGCAGGAGAGUUUGGACAGUGUGGAUCUUUAUUAUGGGUUCAGGUCGGGGCUGUCCGAAGACUCGAUACUUCUCGCCAAUAAUGGCAUCCGUGUGCCCUUCGGCCGCUCGGUGGACCUCGACCCCAUCCACGACCUGGUCAUCCAGGUCCACCCGGACGACAAGUGCACGGUCACCGUCCUGGGCAACGACCCCCUGUCCCAGAGGCCGGGCCAGCUGACGCCCAAGAAGUUCCCCUGCGACUUCGGACGGGACGAGGUGAAGUACUCGCACUUCGGCUCCCGGAGCCCGUCCCGGGACCGGGUGAAGCUGCAGCUGAGGUACGACACCCAGACCGACACGGUUAUCAUCCCCUUCAUGCUGGAGGUCGAGGUGGUCUUCACCCAGCUGGAAAUCAUCACCCGCAACAUGCCGCUCAGCGUCGACAAGCUGCUGGGCACCAGCAACGCCAUCGACCGCAAGCUCCUGGAGUUCAACUACAACCCGAGCUGGGAGGUCUGUCGGAUCGGCACCUUGAGUGGCGCCGGUGGCCUCCCCCGCUACGGGCGGCUGCUGAACGAGCAGAGGGCCGGCCAGAUGGUGGACUGCGAGGAGUUUGUCAACUCCGACAUCCGCUACCGCCACACGGCCGCCAGCCGGUCGCCCAACCGGGACUACAUCCCCAUGGUGGCCGAGCUCCUGGACCGCCAGGGGAACGUGCUGAAGCAGGAGUACUUCCAGAUCCUGGUCCGCAUCCGGGAGGGGGCCGAGAACACGCCGCCCAAGCCCAGCUUCGUGGCCAUGAUGAUGAUGGAGGUGGACCAGUUCGUGCUGACCGCCAUCACUCCGGACAUGCUGGCGGCCGAGGACACCGAGUCGGAGGCGGACGAGCUCAUCUUCAACAUCACCUCGCCCCGAGGCGGCGGCCAGGUGGAGGUGGUGAGCACCGACGACCAGAGCCUGCCCGUCACCUCCUUCUACCAGCGGGACCUGAAGGACCUGAAAAUCGCCUACAAGCCGCCGGCCACCGACUCGGACGUGGAGAGAAUCUUCCAGAUUGAGUUCGAGGUGGUGGACACCGAGGGCGCCGUGUCCGACCCCUUCGCCUUCAUGAUCGUGGUGAAGCCCAUGAACACGCUGGCGCCGGUGGUGACCCGCAACACCGGGCAGCUGCUGUACGAGGGGCAGUCGCGGGCCCUGUCCAGCCGCCACAACCUGCAGCUCAGCGACGAGGACAACCUGCAGGAGGUGAGGGUCGCCGUCCUGGACGGCCUGAGGCAUGGCGAGCUGACGGUGCUGGGCUCCCGCAGCAAGUUCUUCACCGCCGCCGACCUGGACGCCGGCAUCGUGGUUUACCAGCACGACGGCAGCGACACUUACAGCGACAACAUCAUCUUCCGCAUGACGGACGGCCGGCACGACGUGGAGUUCCUCUUCCCCAUCACCAUCGUGCCCACCGACGACGAGCCGCCCAUCGUCAACGCCAACACCGGCCUGGUGCUCUCCAAGAACCAGCUGGCCCCCAUUUCCCCCGCGGUGCUCAGCGCCACCGACAUCGACUCGGAAGAUUCCACCAUCGCGUUCACGGUGGAAGCCCCUCUGUCCGAAAUCGGGCAGCUUGUCCUCCGGCAGCUGGAACCUCCCGCCGACUCCUACUCCUGGCAGUUCAUCGAAAAAGACGGGGCUUUCGAGAAGGUGGUGCUGGAGUGGUCCCAGCAGGAUAUCAUAGACAGCAAACUCUUCUAUCGACAUGUGGGGCCUCACAGCACCACCACCGUCAUGGACCAGUUCCUAUUCCGCGUGCAGGAUGACAACGACCCUCCGAAUCAGUCGGGCCAGCAUACCUUCAUCAUCAAAAUCCAACCGGUGGAUGACAUUCCCCCUGAGCUAUAUCCAGGAAGCACCUUACAGAUGAUUGUUGAAGAGUACCGCUUGACCCACUUUCGGAGGAAGUAUCUUCGUUAUACUGAUCUAGAUUCGGAUGACAGAGAUUUGAAGUAUACCAUUACGAAGCCCCCCACCGACACUGAUGAAAACAAUCCCGUGCAAAUGGGCAAUAUAGUGUUAACUGAAAGCCCCAACACCCUGGUGAUGGAGUUCACCCAAGCUCAGGUCAACCACCAUAAAAUUGCCUACCGACCUCCAGAUGUGGAACUUGGAAUUAUUCCUCACGUUGUUCAGUUUGAGUUUACAGUAGAAGACACGGCUGGGAACAGUGUGGAUGGAACAUGUACAAUCUUUCUGCAGCCUGUUGACAACAAACCACCUCAAAUAACCAACACUGGAUUUAUAAUGUUUGAGAGGGAUACAUAUAUAAUUACAAGUGCUGAAUUGGAUGCCACAGAUCCAGACACUGAUGGACCCCAGAUAACAUUUACGCUCUCUCAGCCUCCAAAGCAUGGCCAGUUGCAGUAUGCAGGUGUUGUUAUAACUGAAGGAGAAACAUUUAAUUUAAAUGACAUAAGCAAUGGGAAAAUCGCAUACGUGCACAACGGCGAUGAGUCUACUGAUGACUCUUUGAAAAUUGAUGUAAGUGAUGGAGUUCAUACGGUUACAAUCACUGUUAAAGUAACAGUACGUCCAGUUGAUGAUGAAGUGCCAACUAUUAUGCUGCCAGUUGGAACUAUUGGAUCAUACUUAGAUGUGCUGGAAAAUGGAGCUACCGAAAUAACAACCAAUGUCAUCCAAGGAACCGAUGAAGACACGGAUGAUCUUAGAUUGACUUUCAUUGUUGAGGACCAACCAAAACUGGGAGAGAUCUUAGUUAAUGGAAUUCCCUCUGAAAGGUUUACACAACAAGACAUUAUCAAUGGGGUUGUGAUUUACACUCACACAAAUGGUGAGAUAGGAUUGCAAAAAGAGGAAGAUUCUUUUAAUUUGACUCUCACUGACAUGUCUGAUGAGUGGAACAUUGGAGGAAAUAAAGUGCAAGGUGUUCGUGUGCAGGUGACCAUCCUUCCUGUUGACAGUCAGGCUCCAGAAGUUAUUGUAGGAAAGCAGUUUACUGUCGUUGAAGGUGAUAAAAAUACAAUAUCAUUAAACAAUUUGAAAGCUGAAGAUUUUGAUACCCCCGAUGAUGAUAUUCUCUGUACUAUUAUUGUCCAACCAACUUCUGGCUAUGUAGAGAACAUUUCGCCAGCUCCUGGGUCUGAGACAUCUCGUGCAGGAACUGCUAUCACUGCUUUCACUUUUAAAGAUAUACGUCUUGGACACAUUAAUUAUGUCCAGAGCAUUCACAAAACUGUGGAACCAGUGGAAGAUAGGUUUACAUUCCGCUGCUCUGAUGGAAUUAACUUCUCACAGAGGCACUUUUUUCCUAUUGUGAUAAUCCCUGCAAAUGAUGAAAAGCCAGAGAUUUACAUGAGGGAAUUUGUAGUAAUGGAAGGUAUGAGUCUCGUUAUUGACACUCCUAUUCUCAAUGCUGCAGAUGCCGACAUCCCUCUCAAUGGCUUAACUUUCUCCAUCAUUAAGCCACCAAAGCAUGGUCAGAUAGUAAAUCAGCUUACGACAGGCACUGUCCUUGUCAACAGCUUUACUUUAGAUCAGAUCAGAGAAGGCUCCAGCAUUGUUUAUGAGCAUGAUGACUCGGAAACCAAGGAAGACAGUUUUGACAUUCGACUUACCGAUGGGAAGUACAGUGUUGAAAAAACAGUAAUUAUAAUGGUCAUUCCACUUGAUGAUGAGACCCCAAGAAUGACCAUAAAUGAUGGACUUGAAAUUGAGAUUGGAGAAACAAAAAUAAUAAAUGAUAAAAUUCUUAAAGCUACAGACCUCGAUUCUGAUGACAAAUCACUUGUGUACAUCAUACGUUACGGACCAAGUCAAGGGCUCUUGCAGCAUCUUCUUCCUUCAGGCAACUUUGAAAACAUUACAGUAGGAAUGAAUUUCACCCAGGAUGAUAUUGACAAGAACUUGAUUCAGUAUACACAUACUGGCCAGGAAGGCAUCCGCGAUCUCAUCAAGUUUGAUGUAACAGACAGCAUUAAUCCACUCAUCGAUCGUUACUUUUAUGUUUCUAUUGGCGGUAUUGAUAUGAUCUUCCCUGAUGUGGUCAGUAAAGGAGUCUCUCUAAAGGAAGGUGGAAAAGUAACUCUUACAACAGAUUUACUUAGCACCACUGACCUGAAUAGCCCAGAUGAAAAUCUGCUUUUCAGUAUUACCCGAGCACCUGUUCGUGGUCACCUGGAAUGCACAGACGAGCCAGGAGUACCUAUCACGACAUUCUCACAGCUUCAGUUAGCUGGUAACAAAGUUUACUACAUUCACACAUCUGAUGAUGAGGUGAAAAUGGACAGUUUUGAAUUUGAAGUCACAGAUGGCUACAACCCUGUGUUUCGCACUUUCAGGAUCUCCAUCAGUGACGUUGACAACAAAAAACCUGUUCUUACUUUCCAUGACUUGGUGGUGAAUGAAGGAGAAAUAAAACUAAUUACCCCAUUUGAACUGACUGUUGAAGACAGAGACACCCCAGAUCGCUUGCUGCGAUUUACUGUGACACAAGUUCCAGUUCAUGGACAGCUGCUAUUCAACCGCACUACAUCUGUCACAUCUUUUACAAAGCAGGACUUGAAUGAGAACCUCAUCAGUUACAAGCACGAUGGGACAGAAUUUUCUGAGGAUAGCUUUUCUUUCACAGUGACUGAUGGCACACACACAGACUUCUAUGUUUUCCCGGACACCAUCUUUGAAACUCGAAAAUCACAGAUGAUGAAAAUACGGACAAUGCCGGUGGACAAUGGAGUGCCUCAGAUUAUUGUGAAUAAAGGCGCCCCCACUCUUCGUGGGCUCACCACAGGGCACCUUGGGUUUAUGAUUACAAGCAAAGCAUUAAAAGCUGAAGAUCGUGACAGCGUGCACAGUGUUCUAAGAUUCAAGAUCCUGGAAGGUCCUGAACAUGGAUACCUGAUCCACAUGGGCAAAGGAAAUGAAAGUGUUACUGGAUUCACUCAGGGGGAAGUUGAUGACAUGAAGAUCUGCUAUGUGUUGAAAGAAGGGGACAAUGCGACAAGUGACGUAUUCCACUUCUCUGUUGAAGAUAGUGGUGGUAAUAAGUUGAAGAAUCAACUAUUCCGUUUGAACUGGGCUUGGAUCUCUCUGGAAAAGGAGUACUACCUAAUAGAUGAGAAUUCUAAAUUCCUGGAGGUUUCAUUGAAGCGCAGAGGAUAUCUGGGAGAAACCUCAUUUGUUAGCAUAGGUACAAAGGAUGGCACAGCUGAGAAGGAUAAGGAUUUCAGGGGAAAAUCCCAAAAACAGGUGCAGUUCAAUCCAGGUCAAACCACAGCGACUUGGAGAGUACGGAUUUUGACAGAUAACGAAUACGAACAGUCUGAAACAUUCCAGAUUUUACUCUCUGAGCCCGUCAUGGCUGUUCUUGAAUUCCCAGAGAUUGCAACUGUGGAGAUUGUCGACCCCGGCGAUGAAUCGACAGUCUUUAUCCCCAAGACUUCCUAUGCCAUUGACGAAGAUGUUGGUGAGCUGUUAAUUCCAGUGAAGAGGACAGGGGACGUGAGUCAGGAGCUGAUGGUUAUCUGUUCCACACAUCAAGGCACUGCAACUGGCACUAUUCCAUCCAGUGUGCUGUCCUACUCCGACUACAUCACUCGAUUAGAGGAUCACAACAGUGUCAUCCGUUUUUAUAAGGAUGAAACUGAAAAGCUGUGCCAUGUUGUCAUCAUUGAUGAUUCCUUGUAUGAAAAUGAGGAGACGUUUAACGUCACACUGAGCAUGCCCAUGGGGGGCAGGAUAGGAAAACAUCCAUCUACUCAGAUUAUCAUCCUACAAGAUGCAAAUGAUGAACCAGUUUUUUACUUUGGAGACACUGAGUACCAGGUGGAUGAAAGUGAAGGCUACGUGGAAGUCCAGGUCUGGCGAACUGGAACAGACUUGUCCAAGACUGCAACUGUGACAGUUCGUUCUCGCAAAACAGAACCAGCAUCAGCUGAAGCUGGCGUCGAUUAUGUGGGCAUAAGCCGCAAUCUGGAUUUUGCCCCUGGAGUGAACAUGCAGACUUUCCGUGUUACUAUCCUUGACGAUUUAGGUCAACCAGUGCUGGAAGGGCCAGAGAGGUUUGAGCUUGUCUUGCGCAUGCCAAUGAAUGCCGUCCUUGGAGAACCAAGCAAAGCCACUGUGCUCAUUAACGACUCAGUCUCAGAUUUGCCAAAGGUACAGUUCAAAGAUGCAACAUAUAUGGGGAAAGAGAACGACGGUCAGGUCACAGCCAUUGUUUACCGCAGUGGUGACAUCAGCUAUAAGUCCACAGUACGGUGCUAUACUCGUCAGGCAUCUGCUCAGGUCAUGAUGGAUUUUGCUGAACGUCCAAACACAGAUGAUUCCAUCAUUACGUUUCUUCCAGGUGAAAUUGAGAAACCCUGCACUGUGACUUUAAAUGACGAUACCAUACACGAGGAAGACGAAGAUCUAAGAUUGGUGCUUGGAACUCCAAAGAGCGAGUCCCCAUUUGGCGCUUCAAUUGGUGAAAAGAAUGAAACAGUGAUAAAAAUCAUGGAUGGCGCAGACAAGGCUAUUAUUAAAUUUGGGGAGACCAAAUUCAGCAUCAGUGAACCUAAAGAACCCGGGCAGAUUGCAGUUGUAAAAAUUCCAGUACUUCGCCUUGGAGACACUUCAAAAGUUUCUAUUGUACGAGUCCACACAAAAGAUGGUUCGGCAAUCUCAGGAGAAGACUACCAUCCCUUGUCAGAAGAAAUUGAAUUUAAGGAAAGCGAAACUCAGCACUUUGUGGAAGUUGAGGUGCUGUACGAUGGAGUGAGAGAAAUGCGAGAGGCCUUCACCGUCCACCUGAAACCUGAUGAAAAUAUGGUGGCAGAAACUCAGAUAAGCAAAGCAAUUGUAUACAUUGAGGAGAUGAACAGCAUGGCUGAUGUCACAUUCCCAUCAGUCCCACAAGUUGUCUCGCUGCUUAUAUAUGACGAUACAUCCAGAGCAAAAGAAAACCCUAAUCCCCCAGCAGGCUAUCCUGUUGUCUGUGUUACAGCAUGCAAUCCGAAAUAUUCUGAUUAUGACAAGACAGGCUCAAUAUGCACCAGUGAGAGCAUCAAUGAUACCCUUACUCACUACCGCUGGCUGGUGAGUGCCCCGACCGGCCCUGAUGGAGUGACGAGCCCUAUGAGAGAAGUAGAUUCAAAUACCUUCUUCACCUCAUCCAAGAUGAUUACUCUGGACUCCAUCUACUUCCAGGCUGGUUCUCGGGUGCAGUGUGCUGCCCGAGCAGUGAAUUCCAACGGGGAUGAAGGGCUUGAGCUAACAAGCCCCAUUGUAUCAAUCAACAUUGAGGAAGGCCUUUGCCAGCCCAGGGUACAAGGAGCAGUCGGUGCGGAGCCGUUCUCUGCUAAGCUUCGUUACACGGGAUCCGAAGAUCCAGACCAUCCCAACCUCAUUAAAGUGGCUGUAACAAUGCCUCACAUCGAUGGUAUGCUCCCUGUUAUCUCCACACGCCAGCUGUCUAACUUUGAACUUACUCUUAGCCCUGAUGGUACUCGGGUUGGAAACCACAAGUGCUCUAAUCUGCUGGACUACAAUGAAGUGAAGACUCAUUAUGGCUUUUUGUCAGAUUCCACAAAAAACCCUGAGGUGAUUGGAGAGACUGCUCCAUACCAGUAUAGCUCAUCUUUGCGUGGACCUUCUACACUUCGCUUCUACCGAAACCUCAACCUUGAAGCUUGUCUCUGGGAGUUUGAGAGUUUCUAUGACAUGUCUGAGCUGCUCACAGACUGUGGUGGCACUAUUGGAACCGAUGGCCAGGUUUUGAACCUUGUGCAGUCCUAUGUGACUCUGCGAGUGCCUCUUUACGUCUCCUACGUUUUCCAUUCCCCGGUGGGUGUUGGUGGCUGGCAGCACUUUGACCUGCAGUCGGAGCUUCGCUUGACUUUUGUGUACGACACUGCCAUCUUGUGGAGGGAUGGAAUUGGCAGCCCACCAGAAGCAGAAUUGCAGGGUGCCCUUUACCCAACGAGCAUGCGGAUCAACAGUGAAGGACGCUUGGUUGUGAACUUCCGUACAGACGCACGAUUCCGCGGCCUCUUUGUUAUGUUGCAUCCUGCAUCACCUCUCAGCUCCAUGGUUAUGUCAGCUGAUCACCCAGGAUUGACCUUUACCCUCAGCUUAGUGCGGAGUGAGCCAACAUACAAUCAUCCUGAGCAACAAUGGAGCUUCACUUCAGAUUUUGCUGUCCGUGAUUAUUCAGGAACAUACACUGUGAAGCUGAUUCCUUGCGUCUCUGCUCCGAGCCAGGAGUAUACCAUCCCAAUUGUCUGCAAUCCAAGGGAGCCAAUAACCUUUGACCUUGACAUCCGAUUUCAGCAGGUGAGCGAUCCUGUUGCUGCCGAGUUCAGCCUGAAUACUCAAAUGUUCCUGCUAAGUAAAAAGGGUCUCUGGUUGUCUGACGGCUCCAUGGGAUUCGGAGAAGGCAGCGAUGUCGCUUUUACAGAAGGAUCAGUUGUCUAUGGGCGUGUGAUGGUUGACCCUGUGCAGAACCUUGGAGACUCCUUCCACUGUAAUAUUGAGAAGGUGUUUCUAUGUACAGGAGCUGACGGCUAUGUGCCCAAGUACAACCCAAUAAAUAGUGAAUAUGGCUGCCUGGCUGAUUCAUCAUCACUCUUGUACAGGUUCAAAAUCCUAGAUAAGGCUCAGCCUGAGACACAAGAUCCAUAUUUUGGAAAUGUAGCAUUCAAUGCUAGACUUGCAAUAGAUGAUGCUGAAGCAAUUGCACUUUCCAGACAGCCUGGUUCUGAUGGCUUUCGAAUGGACUCCUCCCCACUCUUCCAGGUUGCUGCUGGCCGAGAGUGGUACAUUCAUACCAUUUACACUGUGCGGUCUAGGGACAGUGCGAGCAGAGGCAUUGGAAAGAGAAGUGUGGAGUAUCAUAUUGUUUCACAUAGCGGAUACCUGAGCACUAUGGGGCAUUCACGCCAGCAACGAUCAGUUAAAGAAGCCCCCAUACUGGCUGAGGACAUCGGCAUUGAGAACAACAGAGGAACCAACAUUCAACAUAUUGCUUUGGACCGCAGUAACAGGAAGCAGGUUGUCGAGGAAGAGAUCUUCCCUGAAGGAGCUAUUGCUAGGUCACCAAAUGACCGAGGUGACAAAGUUGGCAAUAUUCCCAUUAUUGGAGGGAUUGCUACCUUGUUGCUAGCUAUUUGUGUUGUUAUUAUCAUUGUCCUCCUGCUGAAACGCAGAAAGCAAUCAGAAAAAAAGGGAGAGUAUAAGAAAUCAUCCAGCAAUGAGGCCAUGACUGCACAGAAUUAUCACAGCGACAGCUCUGAGGUUUGAUCAACAUCAAAUUCCAUCUCAGCCAACUCCAAAGUGCCUCAGAGGACUUGAACUGUGCCUUAUUACAAAGACCAGAACAUUAUUUAUCCAAUUACUGUUGUCACUUGACUCCAGCUGUACUUGAAUGUUUGGUUUUGGAACCCAUGCAACAUCGCAUUCACUGAAACUUAGUCAUGGGUCUCAAGUAUCAUCUUUUGCACAGAAUUCAACAAGUGACCUAAAAUGCACUGUACAUCGAGAGGCACUGCACAAACUGCAUCACAUGAUGGGGGGAAGAGGGACGGGGGCAGCAGAGGCUUAUGUGAGGGAAAUCCACUACUUUUUUAAAUCACUUUCCCUGAACAGGAUUAAAAGACAACUGUAUCCGAAGGUGCUAAUUAGUCCGCUCAUACUGAGAAGGAGAUUUAUUAACUUAUGUAGAUGAUGUAAAGACUGAAGGUGCAGUAGUUAGAAGACUCAAUAAAUCACUUUUUUAUUGUUUCUCGUAUAUAAAUGAAUUAGUCAGCAUUUUAUAUAAGAAUUUUGCAGCUGGACAUAUGUACUGGAAGACUAACCAGUCAUGAAGUAGCAGUAGCACUCACACCGUGAGUGGAUAUAUUAAGUUUCACACAUUCAAUGUUACAUUUUUAUUGAGAUCCUACUGAUCCUGCUUUCCAAGGAAACUGAAUUCUAAUCUUUGCACCCCGCCCCUCACCCCCCCCCCCCCCCCCCCCCCCCCCCAAGAUAAAUCUUAAAAAAACAAAAAAAACCUAUGAAAUUUUAAUUGUUUGGUCCAUCUGGGAAGAUUGAGGUGCUUUGACUUGCGCACCCUGUGGUCUGUAAGUUAUCCACAUGGUGCUUUCUUGAUUUGUAUUCUUGUUUUGCAAUCCUUGUACAGGUUCAAUUUAUUAAUUUUAUGUCUCAUGUUUUGCUUUGGUCUGCAAGAAAUUGUAUUUACUGCAUGUGUGCCGCUGUCAUUAAGUUUUAUCUUGUGCUGCAUGAGGGGAUGGCAGAUGGUGGGUGUAAAUGUUUAACAGGCUAAUUGUAACUGUCCUUGGUGGCUAAGGAUAUGAAUUCCAUAAUUUUUUUUAAAAAUCACCACAUCUCUUUUUUGUAAUAGCAAGUGAAGUAAACUUGUACUAGACUUUCUCAUAAGGUCUGCUCCUGAUCUACAGGAUAGGUUUAGCCACGACCAGGUAAUCUCUGCACUGAUUUAAUAGCAGGCCUAAUAAUUAGGUCUUAUAUAUUUGUGUGUCACCGCAUCCAGUGUUGUCACUUUGCCUAUUUAGUGCAUUGAUAACAAUAUGUCAUAGGAAGAAAUAUCACAACGAGGCCAAUAUGCUUUGAUAUUUGGUGUUUCCCUAAACUCAUCACUUCAAAUUAGUUCCAUUGCCAGUAAUGGAUCCAUAGCCACCAGUACUUCUGUGUUAUAAAGCUCAAAGUAAUCUCUCCAGAAACAACCUCCAUUCAGAUCUCGAAUUGUACUUUUCUUUACACCUUGGGUGGAUAUAUUAAGUUUCACACAUUCACUGUUGCAUUUUUAUUGAGAUCCUACUGAUCCUGCUGUUUGUAUCUGCAGGGUAGACAUUACAAUUUCAUUGUAGAAUGUGUAGCGACAAAUUUUGCAACAAAAAUGCUUUAAUGUGCUCAACUAAUUGUAACUGUGGACUCCAAGAACUCUUAAGGUGUUUAGUGUGUAAACAACAGAAAACUCUAAAAUAAUUCACUGCUCACUCAAAGACAUUUUUAAUUUCUGCUUUCUUGUACAACAUUAGUUCUUUAAAUAAUCUGUUUUGCAUUUGUCAUUGUAGCUCUUUGUAUAUGCCAACUGCUCAUUUGGAAUGGGAAAACUAUGCCCUCUGCAAAAUUAGCUUUUAUCCAACAUAUUGCAUCUGUGUCAAUGGAUGAUUUAUCCAUGGAUGUUGAUGUCAAUGGAUGAUUGGUUAUUCUUAUUGUUUCUGCUGCAAUCCUCACAUCUCUGACCUGUCACGUUUAGAACCAUGUUUGUAAAUCUAAUUGUUCCACUGUGGGAUAAUAGUAUUUAAAACAAGGUUAUUGAAUAUUCGUUUCCUGGGAAGUUAUCAAUAUUAUUCUUAUUGGCUGCUUAUUGCAAGAAUUUGUAACAGGCCAGCAAGAAUAAUGUUUGCAAAAAUCAUUUCUAGAAUUAAUGUAAAAGCUGCAGCUAAAAAAACCAUAUCAUUUAACCCUUCAUUUUUUUUUCUCUUUUUUAGUAAUGUGUUCAUAUUGCAUUCAAAUAAAAUAUUCUUUCUCCCACUGUUAA